ACACGUGAUACCAUUUACAGCCCUUUUGGUAAAGUGCAGGUCCGUGGACACACAAGUUGAGUUCGGCAGCGAAUCAUAUUGCUUUGAUUCAUAUUUUGCAACCCGGUUGUCAGAAAUGGAGGAAGUGUGAACAUUUAUUUCAGGUGAACUACCUAUGUGGCAGAGACAUGUCUUCAUACAGGAAAUUUGAAGAAAUAAGAAAAGCAAAUAUUAAAGCAGCAAAGAAGUUUGCAGAAGAGCAGUAUAGUUCAUCUGAAGAGGAAGCUGAUGAAGAUGCUGAAAGGAAACAUGGACAGAUUCUGGAGUCUGCAUUUACAAUGUAUACAAACCUGUCAGGUGGAGGUGCAUAUGAACUGGAACGCACAAAACAAUACCUGAAUGAAGCCUUUCAAACAGGGGCUAUCACAUGUUUAAUUUGCAUUGCAUCUGUGAAAAGGAACCAGGCAAUUUGGAGCUGCGUUGGGUGCUACUGCAUGUUUCAUAUACCUUGUAUCCAGAAGUGGGCAAAGGACAGCAUUUUUCUGAUUACCUCUCCACUGGCAGAUGAUGGUUUUGAGAAGAAGGACCAUCCAUGGCCUUGCCCAAAGUGCAGGUAUGAAUAUAAGCAGUCACAGACGCCCAACAGGUAUUAUUGUUACUGUGGCAAGGUAGAAGACCCUACUGUGGACCCAUGGCUCAUACCACACUCGUGUGGGCAGAUUUGUGACAAACAAUUUAAGCCAUCUUGUGGACACAAGUGCCUACUGCUUUGUCACCCAGGUCCGUGUCCACCUUGUCCAAAAAUGGUUUCGGUAACAUGCUUCUGCAGGAAGGCAAAACCAGUGCCACGCAGAUGCAGUACCAAGGAGUGGUCCUGUCGACAGCAGUGUGGCAGAAUGCUACUUUGUAGACAGCAUAAAUGUGAACAGCUUUGUCACGCAGGAGACUGUCAGCCUUGUCCACGUGUCAGCAAACAGAAGUGCAUCUGUGGGAGAAAAAUAGCUGAAAGAUUCUGUGCUAGUCCAGUGUGGCAGUGUGAGCAAGUUUGUGGUAGGACUCUGAGUUGCCGUAAUCACACAUGUGAGAAGGUCUGCCACUCAGGUGAUUGUGGAGACUGUCCAAGAUCAGGAAAGAGAGUUUGCCCGUGUGGGAAAUCAAAUUAUUCCCUUCCUUGCACUGAAGACAUACCAACAUGUGGAGACACGUGCAACAAAAUUCUUGAGUGUGGCCUUCAUAAAUGUUCACAGCGUUGCCAUCGAGGUCCUUGCGAAACCUGCAGACAGGUUGUAGAAAAACAGUGUCGCUGCAAAAAGCAUAUCAAGCUUAUGCCAUGCCAUAAAGAGUACUUGUGUGAUUCAAAAUGUACUAAGAUGAGGGACUGCCAGAGACAUCAGUGCAAGAGAAAGUGCUGCUCUGGGAAUUGUCCUCCAUGUGAUCAGACCUGUGGUCGUAGCUUGGGAUGUCGAAACCACAAGUGCCAUUCUGUCUGCCACAGAGGUCAGUGCUACCCAUGUCCAGAAACUGUAGAUGUGAAAUGCAACUGUGGUGCCACAGUGCUGAAGGUACCUUGUGGUAGAGAACGUACAACCAAACCACCAAAAUGCAGAGAACUGUGCCGUACACCUUCUUCAUGUCAUCAUCCGAGCCGAGAACGCCAUCGCUGCCAUUUCGGUCACUGUCCUUCAUGUCGACAGCCCUGUCAUAGUGUGCUAAAGUGUGGUCAUUCUUGUCCUGCUCCUUGCCAUGAUGAAGUACUUGUCAAGCAGAGUGGUUUGCACCAGCCAGCAGGCCCAUGGGAGCAACCAUCUGAACCAGCAUUCAUUCGAACUGCAUUGCCUUGUCCGCCAUGUCUAGUUCCUCUACCUGUGGAAUGCUUGGGCAAACACGAGGUAUUUGCAUUACCCUGUCACCGUGUUGGACCGUAUUCUUGUGGAAGACCUUGUGGGCGACUGUUGUCGUGUGGAAAUCACACCUGCAUGAAAGAGUGUCAUUCAGUAACUACAGUUGAUGGGGAGGAUAAAAAGCAAAAGGCAGGCAAAGAAUGUAGCAUAUGUGAAGAAGGUUGCAGUAAGCCUCGUCCACCAGGCUGCCCACACUCGUGCACAUUACCCUGCCAUCCUGGAGAGUGUCCACCAUGUGGACAGAUGAUUCGAGUCAAAUGUCACUGCAAGAUUGCAACACUGUACAUCGAGUGUGUAAAAUUUAGUGCUGCUGACUCUGACACUAAGAAGUUUCUUGGUUCCUGCAAAAAUCAAUGUCCAAAAGAGCUUUCUUGUGGUCACAGAUGUAAAGAAACAUGCCAUCCUGGUAAAUGUCUUGACCUCUGCAGCCAGAAGGUGAAAAUUCGAUGCCCCUGUAGAAGGAUAAAAAAGGAAGUAUUGUGCAGCAAGGUUCAGAAAGGAGAGUCACAACUGCAGUGUGACACUGUGUGUAGCGAAAUAAAGAAGAAGGUGUCUGAGGUAAAAGAAGCAGAAGUAAAAGCUGCCCUUGAACUAGAAAGGCAGAGGCAGCAGGCAGAACUUGAGGCAUUUGAGAACAGGAGGAAAGGUCGGCGGAAGAAGAACAAGAGAAAGAAUGAAGACGAAGUUGAAGAAACUAUGUGGCAGAAAUACAAAUAUGUCUUCAUGCCACUUUUUGGUGUGAUUAUUGCAGUGGUGGCAUUUUAUUUAUUUCACUCAAGUUAAAAGUUGUGUUAUGAUUGAUAUAAAAUGGAUUUUUCCAUUUUAUACAUUAAAGUGUAAAAAUGUAAACCUUGAAAUCCUACUUCACUACAUGAAGAAAUUAUUUCAUUUACAGUUGUAUAAGUAAACCGGAUCUUUUGAUUUGCCUCUUUAUUAACAUCAUCAGAAUAUAAGCAUUCAGUUGAAAACAUAGUCUGAUCCCAUCCUUCGUGCAUCAAGCUGAAUGUUAGCAAACAAGUUGUCUUCUCUUACAAAAGGGAUUAUUUUGUAUUUGUUGAAAGAACAGCAUCUUCAAUGUCUUCAUAAUUUAAAACUCAGCAGUAGACAAUUUGCAUUACCGCAUUACUUGAGAUUACUUAAUGUACUUAAAUGUAUUUUUAAUCAAAUACAUUUCAUAUCCUGGUUUCCUCGAAGUAAUGAUGUUUAGGUAUAAAGUAGUAGUGUGUUGCAGUAUUACUUUUUUUUUCAAAAUCAUUUCUAACUAGUUCUCCAUUACCAUUUAGACUUUUAGGUAGCCCUCAGAUGCUUUUUGACUUGUGUUAUAAAAAUGUACAUUAAAAAAUGCUGACAGACCAAAAAAGUAAUAAAAUGUAAUGGAAUCGGGAAGUAGUACUCUUGGAAAAUAAUCUAAACCCAUUUAUUAAAAAUGGUGACUUGUUCAUA